CCACACCACGCUAAAUUCGCAGUGCAAGGUAACGUGGAUGGUCAUGGCCGAGGCGCCGCUCAAGGCGUCGUCCGUGCGCCAGCUGCCCGAGCUUCCGGCGCGCGACUCCAUGGACGUGCUCCAGAAGGUCCACGGCUUUUACGAGGUCAAGAACGAAGACGACUUGCGGCAGUGCAUGGAAGGCCUCAACGCUCUCUUCAGCCGCGCGAUCGAUCUCGAGAUGGACGUCGAGGCGGCGCCACGCAAGCCAGCACCACGCAUCAAGAAAGCACCUCGGCCCGCAACGACGCCACGAAGCCCGCGGUCGACCGCCUACCUCGACCGCGCUGCCGAGAUUUUGGCGGCGACCGAUUCCAAUGCCCUCUUCCCCCUCCUCCAGUCGCCCGACAUGCAGCACGCGCUCAACGUUACGGGCAUUCGACCGGAGGACUUGGUGGCGAAAGCGCAAGAGGACUUUAUCAAGGAGCGCGACCGGGCGUGGCGCGUGCCCUCCGAAGUCGCUGCGAUGCGCUUCAAGCACUAUGAAAAGUCCCGGAAGAGCAGCGUUGCCCUUCUGCUGCAAGUCGCCGAAUCGCAGGAAGUACCCCAGUCGGACGACGCCAAAGACUUUGACCGAGAGCUCGACCACGAGCGCCGGCUCCUUGAAGAGAUGAUUCGCGGACGGCUUCGCUACGAAAAGGUGCUCGAGAGAGAGGCCGAAGUGAUCCGCCGGAAGCGCGCCAAGUUCCUCGUGCAAGAGAAUGGCGUCUUUCAGCGCCGCGGCGACGCGCCCCCCGCGUUCAAAGAUCACGUGCACGCCGAACGGUCCGAGGCCAACCGGCUCAAGAUGGAGCGCGUUCGGGCGCAGCGGCAGCUCCUCGAGCAGACCAAGCAAGAGAACGCAGAUGCGCGCCGGCGCUACGAACAGUCGCGGGCUGCGCAGACGAAGAAAGAAAAGGACGACCAGCUCAAACUCAAGCGCGUGCUUGGCGACGAGCGCGAGCGGAAGCGGCUACAGGUCGUUGAAGACGCGAGAGAGCUCGACCGGCAGCGGCGCGAAUGCAUUGAGCUCGCUCUUCACGAAAGGGAAGCGCACUUGGAAGCGACUCGCAAGCGAGCGCUGCACAGUAAUAUGCUCGCCAACGAGCGCAAGCGUCUCGCACAGCACGCGCGCGAAGUGACAGUCCAGCGCGCCAAGAACAUUCAGUCGUUCAAAACGAACGAAGCGAGCAAGAAGCUCCACGCGACGACCGAGCGCGUCGACAACCUCAAGGAGAUUCGCCGCGCAAUUCUACAAGAGCGCAACCGCAUCCAUGUGCUCACGCGCAGUCGCAAAGCCCACUGCAAAAGCCUGCGCGAUGAAAUCGACGUGCUGCCGGGACCAGGCGAAUACAGCGUGCGGUGGGCCGACCACACGCGUGGUGGGUACAUUGGCCACGCAGUCGCAACCGAGACUGUCCCGCACACACCGGGACCGGGCGCCUACGACGAGCUGAGCUCGAUCGCCGACGCAAUGCGAACGUCCGGCCACGCGUUUCCCAAGAGCCGGUCGCUCGAGACGCUCGAGGGCCCGCCGACACCCGGUCCGGGACAGUACAUGGAUCCACUGCGGCCGCACAAAGCGCUGGGUCCGUCCUUUCCCCUUGCGACGAUCACGCCGUUUGAUUUGAGCUUGCGCCACGCAGCUGAGCUGCCGGCCCCGUGCGACUACUCGGCCACCACCGCAGUGCCGUCGCACUCCAAAGCGACCAAGGUCUUCAAGCGGUCGCUGCAUGCAAUGACAACGUCGUACCUCCAUGCGUGCCAGGGCGCGGGCGAAGUCAUGAUCGACAAGGACGUUCGUGCGCUCGAGGCCGAGCCGCCCGAGUGAGCCAAGAGUCGAUCUUGUUUAGUUUGCACUUGUUAGUCGAAUAGUUUGCUCUAGUUAGUCGAAUUGUUGGCAUCGCACAACGUGU